ACCAUAACAAUGGGGUUGAAGCAUCUCACAAGGUUUAUCAAGGGUUGAAAUCUAAAACUGCAGUUAAAGUCAAGCAGCUUCAUAGAACUGGCUAUCACUUCCAGCCUCCUAGGAACUGGAUCAAUGAUCCAAACGGUCCAAUGUACUACAAGGGAAUUUACCAUUUAUUCUACCAAUACAACCCCAAGGGUGCAGUUUGGGGCAACAUUGUUUGGGCCCAUUCAGUAUCCAAAGAUCUGAUCAACUGGGAAGCACUUGAGCCCGCAAUCUAUCCUUCAAAGCCCUUUGACAUAAAAGGGUGUUGGUCUGGAUCAGCCACCGUCCUUCCAGGCAAUAAGCCCGUAAUUUUUUACACAGGAAUUGAUCCCCAAGGAAAGCAAAUCCAAAACUAUGCUAUUCCAUCGAAUUCUUCCGAUCCAUAUCUGCGUCAAUGGACCAAGCCCGCUGACAAUCCGAUCGCGGUUGCCGGCUUUAAAAUGAACAAGACCGCCUUCCGUGACCCAACCACUGCUUGGAAGAUUGACGGGCACUGGAGAAUGUUGGUCGGUGGCAGAAGAAACCAAAGAGGGAUUGCUCAUUUGUACAGGAGUAGGGAUUUCAAGAAAUGGACCAAGGCUCAGCACCCUUUACAUUCUGUGCCAAAUACAGGUAUGUGGGAAUGCCCAGAUUUUUAUCCUGUGGCAUUGUUCGGUGAAGCUGGGCAGAACGCAUCUGCCUUUGGCCCUAAUGUUAAGCACGUGUUGAAGGUGAGCUUAGAUGCUACUAGGUUCGAGUACUACACUUUAGGUGAAUAUUUCCCGAGCAGGGAUAAAUAUGUGGUUGACAUGGACUCCAUUGACGGUUGGGAUGGACUUAGAUAUGACUAUGGGAACUUCUAUGCUUCAAAGACAUUUUUUGACCCUGUCAGGGACAGGAGGAUCCUAUGGGGUUGGGCCAAUGAGUCAGAUACCCCUCAAGAUGAUGUCAGUAAAGGAUGGGCUGGCAUUCAGACAAUUCCAAGGAAGGUGUGGCUUGAUCCUAAUAGGAAGCAAUUGCUGCAAUGGCCUGUUGAAGAAAUAGAGACUCUUAGGUCCCAGAAUGUUCGAUUAAGCGAGCAAAAGCUCAAAUUGGGAGAUCGUAUUGAAGUCGAAGAAAUAACUGCUGCUCAGGCAGAUGUUGAUGUUACCUUCUCCAUACCUAACUUAGACAAAGCUGAGCCAUUUGAUCCUAGCUGGACCAAUGCGCAGGAUCUCUGUAGCCGAAAGGGCUCAAGUGUUCAAGGUGGAGUUGGACCAUUUGGGCUAUUAACAUUAGCUUCACAAAAGCUAGAAGAGUAUACCCCAGUUUUUUUCAGGGUAUUUAAAGCCCAAUACAAGCAUGUUGUUCUCUUGUGCUCUGAUGCUAGGAGUUCUUCCUUGAGGAACAUUGGGCUAUACAAACCCUCAUUUGCUGGAUUUGUGGAUGUGGAUUUAUCUGAGAAGAAGCAGCUUUCUCUUAGGAGUUUGAUUGAUCACUCUGUUGUGGAGAGUUUUGGGGCUGGUGGAAAAACUUGCGUCACAUCAAGAGUUUAUCCAACGCUAGCAGUCUUUGGCGAUGCUCACUUGUUUGUAUUCAACAAUGGGACUGAGACAAUCACUGUAGAUCUUAAUGCUUGGAGCAUGAGAAAGCCUAAUAAGAUGAACAACUGAACUGAAAGGGACGAGGGAUGCUAGGCGGCGGGAGUUCAAGAUAAAACUCGCGCAGUUUUUUGGGGAGAUAUCUGUCCUUUCCAACAAUCAUCAAAGAAUGUAUAAGUUUUCUACAAUUAGUUAAAGAUUGUAAGAGUUUUCUACAAUUAGAUACAGUCUGCUCUAUCUUUGGCGUACCUUAAUAUAUAUUU